CUGCAAUCUUGCUUAAUAUUUUUAUUUCCUUUCGUUUCAACUUAAAGAAUCUAUCCUUUCAAUUGCCUUCGUUUCACUAUAUGAUACGGCUCAGGGUUGAAAUAUAUACUACUGUCCACUUUUAUUUUUUAACUAGGUUGUAUAUUUUCAUGUAUUCUGAAUAUAGGUUGGCUACCUAUUAUACGAAUACACUAAGGUGUUUUUCUUUUCUUUUUUUUGGUCUAUCUCCCACCAUCCUCUAUACAACUUUAUUGACUUAUUGACCUUCUCACUCAUAGACAUUGAUAGUGAUUGGCAUGUUGAAAUCAAGCUCGCCGAUGCAGAUUUGGAACUAC